AGGGGGGGGGGACAAUACGUGGUUUAAAAUACGUUCAUGCUCGUGUUCCAUAUAUAAACCAGAAUAGGAAAGUAGACACUUUUCAGCAAGGAGCAAAAUGGCCACUUGUUUGGGAAGUCUCUUGUUUGCUUGCUUUCCAUUUGGGCCUUAUAUUUUUGGUUUGUCUUUGGCAAGAGCAUCUGUGAUAUAGAAUUUGAUUGUGAGCAAAUCUGAUCGCUUUUUCCUCUAAAAAAAAAAAGAACAGGAGUACUUGUUGCACCUUAGAGACUAACGAAUUUAUUUGAGCAUAAGCUUUCGUGGGCUACAGCGCACUAUGUUUUGUGCGUGUGUCUGAUCAAGGGUUCGUAUAAGGCAGUGAACGCACACAUUUGAGCAUACAAUUUUGCCUGCACCCCAAACUCCUACUAGUCUCAAAGCAAAGCGACUACCUGAAGGACUGGACGCUGCAGACCAAUUUUAUCAUAUCGACAUAUAUUCGUGUCGUAUUGUUGUGUGUUUGGGGCUCAUGGAGGGAGGGAGUUGAAGAAUGAUCUGCUUAGAGAGACCUCUCUAUAAUGUUACUUUUGAGGGAAAACAUUUCACUUUCCCUGACACUUGCUCUCCAGUCACUAAUACGAGCAUCCCCUUUCCCUCAAACAUAUCCGUUCUUCCUCCAUUUGCUUUGGAGAUUCCUUGACCUAGGUUUAUCGUCUUCUGAGCAGUUUCCUAGGAAAGAGGGUGGUGGGAGGCAACAUGGGUUACUAAAGCACACACGGAACUAGAGGUCAGGGCGCUGCUGCUGCUACUACAAACAGGAAAGCACAUCAACUGAAAAUGCACCCUACAAAAUAAUCUUAAUGAGAGGGGAUGGGAAAUUGCUACGCUAGGAGGACCACAGUCUGCCUUCAGUUACAUCCUCGCUAUGCCAGAGACUGCAAUAUGCCAUUGCUCUCAUCGGAGUUGCACAGUUGAACUGGGGAGAAUUUGGUCCCUCUUAAUCAAGGACGAAAUUCAGCUGUUUUAAAUAGCUGUAAAUCCGGAGCAAUUCCAGUGAACGCUAUGGGGCUACUCCUAAAUUACACCGAUGUAACCGUAGAAUUUAGUCAAAUGAAAGCCUCUGGGUUCAGACUAAUGAAAGGGACAAAACGACUCGAAUGUGAACGGUCUGCACUGUUUUCUAAAACCCUGGCGGCUGCUGGUUUGUGACACAAAGUGCUUUUGAAAAACUUUAAAUAAUAUCGUAUCUUUCCCUCCCACCUAUUCCUUUGCUGAUCCGGUUUAUGGGGGGGGUGGGGUGGAGAUUUUACUAGGGCGAAGUGGGUAGCUAAUGGGAUUUCUCAUAGCAGCAACAGCAGGUGCAACACGACAAUUGGAGCUGUGCACUGAGGUUCACUCCAGGCUCGGAUCGGCUGCUGCUGCUGUCCCAGCCAAGUUCGUUUCCAGAAAAAAGUAAUUGACCAGUUUGUAUAUUUCAUGUUUGUUUUGUGAAGUCUAAGUUUCACAUGCCGUAUCUACCUCUGGAGCCAUUGCAGUAACUGCGUAAUAGUUAGAAUAGACAGAAAUAAUAGCAACCUUUUUUCAAAGCGGCAAAAGUUUCUGUGCUUUGUCUCUUUGAAAAUGUAGGAAAAGGGCAUAAAAGAGUAUCGUCCUUGCUCCUAUUGAACUUCCCCUCCCUCUCUCUUAAUUCUGCGACUGAAUUUGCAGACCCGAGGUAGAUGAGGGAAGCGCUUUUUUCUCUCUCUCGUCUUGAAAGAAUUUAUUGCACAGAUCAACACUGAAUGGCUUGUUGAAAUUUAUCUUGAGACGCAAUGAGAAAUUUAGUGAUGUCGCCCUGGGAUUAAACCGAGUGGAGGUGAUGUCACCCUGUCUGAAAAGAAAAACAAACACACACACCAAGUGAACGAUGCUGCCAAGAAGAAAGUUCAACCCCCACGUCACUUGUGGCACUCGUAUAAAUAUGGCCCUACAAUUUCCAUGGCUGUCUGUAAGUCUCAGAUAGCUUGAACUUUGGAACAAGAGAGAAGCUCUGUGUCUUUUUAGCACUGAGGCACAAGGAAAUCUAGAAGUUCAUCUUUGCCAGUGGUUUUUAUGUGCCAAAGUGAUAGGGAACGGGGAUAGACCAGCAUCUCUUUAGCUCUUUCCACUGAAAGCUGAAUGAGCGACAGGAUCAGCCUGUGAGACUGAUUACCCAAGACUUCGUGAGAGGAAGCAGAGAAUCUCCGGAGCGCCAAACGUUAGUCCCGCCGCUAAAGGCUGGGAAAAUGCUAGCAACCUUGGCAGCGUUCUUCCUGUGGCUCAGGGUCAGCAUGGGGGUGCAUGGUGCCCCCUGCGAGGCUGUGCGCAUCCCCAUGUGCAAGACCAUGCCCUGGAACAUCACCAGGAUGCCCAAUCACCUGCACCACAGUACCCAGGAGAAUGCCAUCCUGGCCAUCGAGCAGUAUCAGGAGCUGGUGGACAUCAGCUGCAGCCAGGUGCUCAGCUUCUUCCUGUGCGCCAUGUAUGCCCCUAUCUGCACCCUGGAGUUCCUCCACGACCCAAUCAAGCCCUGCAAAUCGGUGUGCCAAAGAGCCCGAGAUGGAUGCGAGCCCAUCAUGAAGAGGUACAACCACAGCUGGCCCGAAAGCCUGGCUUGCGAUGACCUGCCUGUGUACGACCGAGGGGUCUGCAUAUCCCCUGAAGCCAUAGUCACCGAUGUCCCUGAAGAUGUGAAGUGGAUGGAUUUUACUCAAGAUGUAAUGGUGCAAGAAAAACCUCAAGAGUCUAACUGCAAGAAUCUAAACCAGGCUCGAUGCAAGUGCCGGAAGAUAAAGCCUACCCUAACAACAUACCUGACCAAAAACUACAGCUACAUUAUUCAUGCUAAAGUAAAGGGUGUAGAGAGAGGUAGCUGCAAUGAAAUAACUACAGUGGUUGACGUGAAAGAGAUACUUAAAUCUUCAAUACCCAUUCCUCGGUCUCAAGUGCCUCUUCUUACUAAUUCAUCCUGCCAGUGUCCACAUCUUCUCCCAAAUCAAGAUGUUCUCAUUAUGUGUUAUGAAAGGCAUUCAAGGUUGAUGCUUCUUGAUGGAUGUUUAGUUGAAAAAUGGAAGGAUCAGCUAGAUAAAAGAUAUAAGAGGUGGGAACAGAGACUGCAAGAAAAGGUGCGAACAGCCCAUGAUAAAAAUCAAAACGUUGGACGCACUGGUCGGAGUGGUGCACCAAAAUUGAACACUAAGAACACCAGCCAAGUGCUGGGGACCCCCAAAAAGACCACUAAAAUAAGAAAUGACCAGAAACAAACAACCCCCAAAAAAGUAUGAGUUAUGAAUUUCCUUAAGGAAAGACUUUCUUGCAUGAUGAGGGUCACAAGCUGGCUUGAGUGGUAUGUGUAUUACUCCAGAACUCAUCAACUGCGGUAUUCUGCAUAGACUUUUUUUGUAGCACUUUACUUUUAAAUGUUUGCUUUUUAUUUUAAGCCACUGCAAACCAUAGAUUGUAGGUUUGCACCGAUGUGUGGUAGGCAUAUUAAAGCUGAUUGAUGGCGCUUAUCAUAUUCAGAGCAGUCGAAUGCAUAGUUUACCAAUAAACAUCUGGAUAUGCAUUAUCCAGUUUUUUUUAUGUGUGUGCCAUAAAUAUGCUUACAUUAUUAGUGUUUGAACUGUGUGUGUUUGUGUAGCAAAAACACAUCAAAAGGAAACAUUUAAUUUUUUAUUGUACUUCAGGCUGGCUUCUGUUGUUAUAACUUUAAAUAUAUUUAAACAUUUAGAUGAAAAAAAUCAAUGUUUUUAAAAGGAACAAAUUAAAGUGAAACAAACCUAUAGAGUGCAUAACAGUAAAAUUUACAGGUUUGCCAUUUGCUGAAAUAUGGCUUUGUUAUGAAAAGUGAUUUAAAACAACUGGAGGGAAAACAUAUUAUUCUGUUACUGUAAACAUGCCCUUAAGUUACUCUGUAGUGCAGAUGUUAAAAUAUUCAAGAGAGGGACUAGUGUAUCUCAGGAGUAAAGUGGGCAAUUAGCCAUUUUACCACUGGAGACCUGAUUUUAAAUUUUGCUUAGAUCACACAAGGAAAAGAGAUUGCUACUCCCUGUUCAUAAACUCCUCUAAACUACCACACAGUUUGGCACAACUGGAAGGCACUCGUUGUAUUGAACAAGGACCAGGACAACGCUGAUGCAGCUACUCAUGUGCUUAAGGAUAAGCAUGUGCUUAAAUGCUUUGCUGGGUCAGGAUUUAAAAUCGCAAAGGUGAGGUAACUUAAAUAUGAGGUACAUUGGCACAACUCUGGGGUGCAGUUUACACUGCUCCUGACUGCACUCUACCUGGCUCAAGUCAUUGCUACGGGGGUGCUCUGCUUUUUGCUAACACCUAUUUAAUGCCAUUGCAUACUAAACAUUUGGCUGUUAAAGUUUUAGUGCCUCUGAGCUUUAAUUAAGGUGUUAGAGCUCAUAACAAAUGUCUCAGAGAACCCCCAAAAUCUUCCAGCAAAACCAAAAAAUACUAGACUUAACACCGCUGAUAUUUUCUAUUUUUUAAGGGGCAAAAUACCAUUCUUAAAAACAAGCAAGCAGACAAGCUUUCCUGCCUUCUUUACCCAUCUUAAAUAAGAAGGAGAAAAAAA